AGAAUACACAGUAUCCAGCGAAUGUUAUAGUAUUUCAAUAGUAUAUUGACUGAGAGGGCUCAUACGAAAUGGGAAAAUUUUAAGAAAAAUGAUUCUUCUGAGAUAACCAAAAAAACCUGUUAAUGAAACUUCUUUGGAAAUAAAAAUGCUAUUGUUACUACUAGCUAUAGUAUGCGUGUUAAUCGGUGUACUUGGAACUCUUCUCAUUCAGGCCUACAUCUUCUUUAAGCAGCCACCUGUAGUUCCCCCAGUUGUUUCAGAAUCGAUAUCGUGUGAACUUCCAAAGGAGCUUUUAUUUCUUGUAGAAAGUGGGUCAUGGAAAGAACAGAAAGAAAGUUGUGUUGCUUUCAAUAUUAUAUUUCAAAUGCUUUUCCAAGAGUGGAAAAACACCAAAGUAAUGAGAAGAUAAGAGAUCUCCAACUGGGUUCUAACAUUCCAGUAAUAAAAAAUAUCACAGUGAACAAAAUACAACUUCAUGAAUUAAAGAAAACAAUAGAGGAAAUAGACAUUGCUUUUGAAUUAGAAUAUAAAGGUGGCUUUCAGUUAUCUCUAGAUGUUGAGAUGGUGCUGCGGCAUUCAGCAUUUCUUUCAGUUCAAAUGACACAACUUAAAGGCCUGAUGUGUCUUCAGUUGACUCGCUUUCCAUAUACCCAUUGGUCUUGUUCAUUUUUUGAAGAACCUGUAGUUAACUUUGGUGUUGAGUCACAUUUCCAAGGUCGAUCUGUCCCACAGGUGACAUCACUUAUUAUUACCCAGAUUCGAAAGAUGCUGAGAAAGAAGCACACAUUACCAAACUAUAAGAUGCGCAUAAAGCCAUUUUUCCCAUUACCAGAUAACAUAACAACUGAAUUUAAAGUUCCUUCCAUGGACAAAAAUUUUGAAGGAAGUCUGUUAGAAGUUACUGUCUUACAAUGUACAAGGCUUCACAAUAUAGACCAGUCUCAUAAGUUAUGUUGUACACUAGCUGUUGAUUGCUCAGCAUGGAUAGAAGUGACAUGUUCCCAAGGCACAUCUUGGACUACUUACGAUUUUGAAGUUGUAAGAAAGAAAGGUCAACAGAUUGGAAUUUUGUUCAGACAGGAAUACUUAGUCCAUAGACAGGAAAACUGUGUUGUGGUGGAAGCUGUUAUACAGAACUUACCUGCUGCUAUUGCUGGAAUCAAAAAGAAUGAUGUUGUCAUAACAGUCAAUGACAUCAAGGUGACUGACUCUGAACAUACUGUUAGAGUGUUCAAACAAGUUGGUGAAAGGUUUUCAAUUCGUGUUCAAAGACAGUCAGUUGUUCAAGAAACAAGAUUCUUACAGGAGAAACCAAAGAAUAUUGUAUCCAACACUGAAGUUUUGCCUGAG